AUGUUAUUAACAGGCAGACCAAAGGUGGCAUUCUACACGGCUCUAACUGAUUCAGGACAUGUUGGGCCCUUCAACACUGAAACAUCACUGGUCUAUAGCAAAGUCUUCACCAACAUAGGCAACGCCUACAGCCCAGUAACAGGUGUGUUCACAGCACCAGUGAAAGGAGUGUACUACUUCAGGUUUACUGCCAUGGACAUCCGUCGUUCUUUAGGCAUGGGAGUUGCCAUGUACAAGAACGACCUCCUGAUCAUGGCCAACAGUGCCCACAAUAGCCACGGUCAUGCGAAAUUUUUGGCAAAUGCUGUCACUCUGGAGCUGGAGCAGGGAGAUAUGAUCAAGAUGCGUCUUCCACCAACCUACGGCCUGUGGGAUCAUCCACACAACUAUAACACCUUCAGUGGUUUCCUUCUCUUCCCCAUGUAAAACACUCUGCCCAGGCUCAUGAUCCAGAGUUUUAUAAAGGUGACAUUCCUCCCUUGACCCCUGUAUUAAUUUAAGAGAAAAGGUGAGACUGGUGGAGAGAUGAUAUGGUGAUAAAUGUGUUGGGCUGUCAGCAUUGUUGACAUGUUUAUCUGGAGCAAAGAGGAAGAUUUAUAAAUUAUGUUUGAUAACCACAAUA